AUUGUUCUUCCUUCGUAUGAAGAGGCCCUGUCCUUUGUGUCUCUGGUUGAUGGUUACUUCCGGCUGACCACGGACUCCAACCAUUACCUGUGCCAUGAGGUGGCCCCCCCGCGCCUGGUGAUGAGUGUGGUGAAUGGGAUUCACGGACCUCUGCAGGAGCAGUACGUGGUGCAGAAGCUGAGGCGGGAGGAGCAGGCGGACGGCUUGUACGUCAUCCGAUGGAGCGCGUUCAACUUCAGCCGGCUCAUCAUGACGGUGAAAGGAUCCAACCAGGGCAAAGGGUUCAGCUACCGGCAGUUCCGGAUCGAUCGGGUGGAGGACGUGUACACGCUGGAGCAGUGGGAUCGCGGCUUCCUCAGUGUCAAGGAGCUAACGGAGAACCUGCGAGGAUGUACGCUGAGGUCCGGCCAGGAGAUCUUCCACGUCAAGCAAUGUAUCCUCCCCAAAUCUGGAGAAGUUUCUAACCUGACAAUCUGCCGCAAGGGAAGGAACAGCAGAGAGCGCGGCGAGUUGCGGAGCCUGAACCUCAGCCAGCUCAGCUUCCACCAGAUCCGCAAGCAUGAGAUCUCACAGGUGUGUCACAUGAUUCCUUCUCUGUCCUGUGAUUGGCUGUACGUUCUCAGCCCUCCCAUUCUCUCUGCACACAGCUGA